UAUAUAAUGUUUCUUUUCAACAGGAAAAUGGCGUUCUCUGAACCGUCGACACUGUCGAAAGUGGGGCUUGGAAUUGCCUUUGCUGCCGUGUUGUUUGACAUCGCUGGAUUUCCAACACCCUACUGGUUGACGAAGACGUUUGAGGUUACCGGCGCUCUCACAGAAACAAAUGUGGGUUUGUUUCGAGCCUGUUCGUGGGGCAAACUCUGCACCGUAUUCAGCACGUCGGAAUAUGUCGCAAUGGGCAUGAGCUGGCUGGUGGCUGUGCAGGCGUUCGCCAUCCUGGGAUUCUUCAGCGGCGUCGUAGGCUGCGCCAUGAUCCUGCUACACGUGGCAACCGCGCCUCACAGGAGACGCCACAAGGUCAUCAGUCUGUUCCUGACUUUAGCUGCAGCUGGAAUCACCCUGACUGGAAUCAUCAUCUUUGGCAUCAAAUCAAAGGAAGAGGACAUUCUGGUCGGUUAUGACCUGAGUGGAUCUUUCACGCUGACGCUUCUGAGCAGUAUGCUGUACCUGGCAGCUGGUGUUGAUUUGGCCGUUGAUGUCGUCGCUGGAUAAACACUUCCCAAUCUGUACACAUGGCUUCAAGCAAAUCGCAGCUAGCUUUAUGAAUGGACAUCGUGAACUGUGCUUCCCGACUUCAGGUACUCAUACUAGGUCGGGCGGUCUUACAAAUUAU